GGGCGGCGGCUGUCCGUGCCGCUUUGCGCCGCGCGUCUCUUUCCUGCGGGCCUGCCCUGCCGGAUAAAGGGCCCGCAGGGAGGAGGGCUCGGCUUGGGGGCCCGGGCGCGGCUUGGGGCUGUGGGGGGCCCGGCUUGGGGAUUUUUGCCCAGCAGCGGCUGGAAGUGUCAGCCUCCCGUCCAGUGCCAGUUUCUGCUCUGGGCCGACGGAGCUGCCGUGCAGCGUCUCCCGAAGCCACUUAAUGCCGUGUAGAGCUCAUGAGUUAUAACCGAGGAAUAGAAUGAGCCAGGGAGACUCAAAUCCAGCAGCAAUCCCACAUGCUGCUGAAGAUAUCCAGGGGGAUGACAGAUGGAUGUCACAGCACAACAGAUUUGUUUUGGAUUGCAAAGACAAGGAACCCGAUGUGCUCUUUGUGGGUGACUCCAUGGUGCAGUUGCUACAGCAGUAUGAGAUAUGGCGAGAACUCUUCUCACCACUUCAUGCACUGAAUUUUGGGAUUGGUGGAGACACAACAGGACAUGUUCUGUGGAGACUGAAGAAUGGUGAACUGGAGAACAUUAAACCGAAGGUCAUUGUUGUUUGGGUUGGAACAAAUAAUCAUGAAAACACAGCAGAAGAAGUAGCAGGUGGAAUUGAGGCCAUCGUGCGUCUGAUAAAUACCCAGCAGCCACAGGCCAAAGUUAUUGUACUGGGCCUGCUACCUCGCGGAGAGAAGCCAAACCCUCUGCGGCAGAAGAAUGCCAAGGUGAACCAGAUGCUAAAAACCUCACUCCCCAAACUGCCCAAUGUCCAGCUUCUGGAUGUAGACGUCGGCUUUGUGCACUCAGAUGGCACCAUCUCCUACCACGACAUGUUUGAUUUCCUGCACCUGACGGGAGGGGGCUAUGCGAAGAUCUGCAAACCCCUCCAUGAACUGAUCAUGCAGCUACUGGAGGAGACUCCUGAGGAGAAACGAGCUGCUCUGGCCUGAUUAGCUGAUACCAGUGUUAACAUCAUCCAGCCCAUCAGAUCAGUUCUGUCACUGGCACUACAGAAUCCUUCUUUCUUAAAGCACUUUCCAUUGUAGAAUGUUACCGGAUGUUCGUAUCUAGUGUUUUGAGGGGGAAGGCUAAUGUUUAACUGGUCUUGUACGUACAAGGGCCAGCUCAGUUGGUUUUAUUGCAGGACGAAAUUAGCUGAAGAAGAGUUUUACUUUUAAACCAUUCCUCAUUUAAAAUGAGAACAGGACUGUCACUCUGUGCCCCUCUCAUCUAUUGUUGCCCUGUGGUUGCUCUAGAACCCUUUUAGCCUGUCUCUGACAGCCUUGUAGGCAGCUCCUGUCUUCCUUUUCUCAGCCGUGGGGAUUGUGCUUGGUGUAUUACCCAGUGAACAAGAAUCACAUUCCACUUCCAAAAAGUCAGAACAGCUGCAUUUUUCUGAACUUGGUCCCACCUUGUAACGUUUCAUUUUCUAGGGGUGUUUAAGUGACACUCGUUGCUUUCUUGCUCCUUGUUUCUGAAGCAGCCUGAAACUGGAAUUCAGAAAUAUAGCAAAACAAACCAUUAACUGAGCUUGUGUUGUGCUCCCAGGUGCUUGUUCAUGUGCUUAUUUCACUAUGCCUACUAGCUGGGGCACUUUUCAUUCCAUGUUGCUUUCUGUGUGGGCAGUGCCAUGCAGGUGCUGCUGACUGUCCUGUUCUCUGCUCCUGUCUGUGUGCGGUAUUGCUGGCUUUUAACAGUUGUUCAGUUUAGGAUUUUAAUUACCCAGUAAAUAUCACACAAGGCAGUCACUUCCUCGCUACUGUAGAACUGACAUUUCAUUCCUUUGAGAUGCCUGUGCCACAGGGCUCUUUACAGUGCUGUUGAUCCUUUCUCUCUCUCUCUCUCUCUCUCUCUCUCUCUCUCUCUCUCUCUCUCUCUCUCUCUCUCUCUUUUUUUUAAGUAUGACUGUUACAUCCUUUUUUUCUAAAGAAGAUCCAUACUCGUAGCCCCUUUUUGCAAGGCCUAAAUCAGUCUGAAGCUUUACAGAUUCAAAGGUGUAUAUUUCUUUAUUGCUUUUGUUUUACUUGUAUAAACAUUUUAUUCAAGCAACUACAGCCUCUUAUGGUAAGAAGUGAAGUCAAGGUGUAGUCUUCUCCUGCCCUGGACACUGCCCCUCUCCUGUAGCCGAGGGAGCCAGUGUGGCGAGUGUCCUCCUACAGGGACUGCAAUUAGAUUUUUUUUUUUUAAUGAGGGCUGAUAGAGUCUACUAAUGAUAAUAUAAAAGCAGCCUUUCAUUUAAAACUGAAAGGUUAUCUUUUUGAAGAAGAAACUGUUUUUCACCCUAAAUGCAGAGCCCUAGAGGAAUAUACUUGCAAAUAAAAUAGUUUUAAACAAACUCUGUUCUUCCUUGACUUACCUACCAGAGUUGGAGCUUGGCAGUGCUGCGCAAACACUGCAGUGUUUCGCACUACAGGUAGCUGUUCAAGAGCUGCCAAUGCACAUCUUUGUGCUUCUUUCCGUGUAAGUGAAAUCUGCAGUCAUGCAUGCUCAUCUUGGCAGGUAAAUUGGAGAGGAACUGAUACAUUUUUAGCAGGCACUCCAUACCAUAUUCUUAAUGAGGGGUGUUUAGCUGUCCAGGUUGCUUGCUGUGCCCUACUGCAAUGAAAGUACAUAGGUACUGUAUAUAGUCUGUUUGCCCUUUUUUAUAAUAAAGGGUUCUGGUGUUUAAUGCCGUCUAUAAUCUAGCAUUAAGGAAUACUUUUACGUCCCCACUACAUUCCCCUUUUCCUGUAGAUUUGAUCAUAGCAGGAUUUCUGCCUGGAUUGCAUGCAUAGUGUGUGUUUUGUUGCCAGUAUAUGUGAUCUACACACAGAUGAAGGAAGGAUGAAGCAUUCCACUUCCCAGAAACAAAAAUGUAAGGUGUCAGAGUGCUUGCAGGAGAGAGGAGGGGUUUUGGUCCUGCAUGCACAAACCAGACUAGGGAUGCACUGUGCCACUGGCUCUUCAGCCUGUGCGCUCUGUAGCUCUGCUGCCUCACAGAAUGGGCUUUAAGGGAAUGUUAUUUAGGCUUCUGACAAGAAAAGAGGCACCUUGGAGAAGCUGGGGCAAGAAAGAGUGUUAAAAUAAAUGUUUAAAAAGAGGCUGGAGUGGAGGAUUCUUGGGGAAACGACUUAUUCCUGUUUAGGGAGAAGGGAUACAACAGAUUUUCCCUGUGAGCUUUCCAGGUUUCUAGGCUGUUGUAAAAAGGCAGUGUGCUAGUUCACCCUAUACAUCCCUGUUCUCUCCACAGUCACCACAUUUGGUCAAAGAGAUGCUAACCAGGAAUGUAUUCUUCAAUAAAAAGCUCUAACUUCUUAACGAAAUGCCUGUGCAACUGAGGCUGUGUCCAGAUGUGAGUCAGUACCUCUUGGCAGGGUGCUGGGUGGAAUAAGAGAGGUUUGGCAGGUUUGUGAGUCUUCUGCAAUGUGACUGAGGACAGCUCUGCUGGUUCUCUCUGCUUAAGCUUGGCUUGCUAAGGUGCCACACUCUGCGCUUGGUUCAGUGUUCAUGGCCCUUCUCUUGUCCGCUACCUUAACCGUCUCAGAGACAUGCUGGUGCUGCGUAAGGAAAGGAUGUCUUUCCUCCGGGGCUUUAGCUCUGUUUGUUGCUGCCUGGGAAGAAACUGUCCCACUCAAAGUGAGUGUUUUUGUGAGCAGGCGACGAGGGACUCUCCCUUCUUGCUGCAGUAUUAAAGAGAUGAGCGUCUCAUCCCAAGAAGCGUAGAGAAGCUUUAGUUUUAGCUGUGGAUGACCGAUGUCUCUUGGGAUCGAGGCUAGGCUGGGCUGCCCCUGCCAAAACAGCGUGAACUAUUUCGUUGUUGAUGGUGAGCUGUGAAAGAACUGACCCUUUGGGGCUUUUUCUUUUUGUAAACAAUCCAGGUGGAUUUUGCAGUUCUGUGCUAAAGCCUGGAAUCUUUGUCUGUACUGUGGCCUGUGAGCGCUGCCAGUUUCAUAUUUAUUGCAGCAAAGAAAAAAAAAAAGAUGCGAAAGGCCAGAGAGAGUCCUUCUCUUGUAGCCCGUGUGUGCUUGGUGGGGGGACUCCAGGCACAGGAUGGGGACCUCUAAGGAGGAAAGCUCGCAGUGCGCGUGAAAUUAGAUUGCAACCUCGCUCUGCAGUGACCUACCUACCUGCUUGGAGGCACUGCCUUGUUACUGGUCGCUGACUUGAACCUUCUCCAGAGAAAAAAAAUGUGUUUCUGCUUUGGCAAAAAAAAAUGCAUCAACUGAUAGAGCUCACUCUGUUUAGUGCAUAUUUCAAUAUAAAUGUAAAUGUUUCACCCCAA